AUGCGCGCCCUGAUCAGCUACUCGUGCCGUCGAGCUUUUCGCCUUAGGCGACCUUACAGUGCCUCAGUCGUCCAUUUUCAAAGGUCACGUUUUUUUGCCUCCUACGCGGACGAGACAGUCUCACUGCCAGUCGGGAACAAUGGGCUCAUAAACCUUAGGAUCACUCGUCCGUCUCUGCUGGGCCAGGAUACGACGGCUGGGUCCAAUAAUAUCGGUGCUAAUGUAAUCCUCUAUCUCCCACCGGGGCCAUUGUUCCGUGCAGGGGGUGAGCAUUCUGCUCCAGAUUCCGAGCGUGCUGCUCAAAACCGAGAAAAUAAAGCCCGAAUCACUAAAGAGAUAUCGCCGCAGCAUGUCUUGGCCUCGGUGACUGCUGCUACGGUGGUGACUGUCGAGUACCGCCUUGGUAAUAUAGGCGAAGAGGAUGCACGCGGUUCAAUGGCAAGCCCAAAAAGCCCACCCCCAGGCUCGCCUAACCUCGUCUCGACAGGUGAGAUGGGAUCAAGCUUUUAUCAAUAUCCGACUCCUUUCCAUGACGCGAUCACGGGAUUCGAUUGGAUUCAAGACAACCUUCGGCCCACACAGCUGGGGGUAUUCGGCUCACACAUCGGCGGUUCUCUCGCACUAAUGCUGGCACUUACCGAGGCAGAGAAAGUCAAUGCCGUUGCUGCCGCAGCCCCUAUAUGUGAUUGGCCAGGGCUGGAUGAAUACUGCCUCGGAAAUGCAGAGACUAUUGACGGGCCUAGAAAGAGCUCGAAGAAGAAGGCAUCGAAAGCGGUCGCGCCGCCCGAUCUUGUCCCCCUACUUGAUGCGCGAAAACAAUUGUUUUCGUCAUUCGAGCGAUGCUUUGACGCAUUCGCCUCUCCCAUUCUAUUUCUUCGCUCCGCAGGCCGCGAUGUACCAAAAGCAUUCCCGCAGUAUCUCACGGGGCCGGAGUAUCCGAUCCCGGUACUUCAGGAGACUCGAGUAGCAACUAUGGAGCGAUAUGGGGCUGCUGAUACGUCCAUCUGGGAAAGAAAUAUCUACCCAACCGACGAGGAAAGCAACGAGAUCGAGCUACCUACUCGCCGCCGAAAGGCUCUCUCGCGCUGGCCUCCUUAUGGCCUUGACUACGGUUCGAGUGGAAAUACUUGGUCUCAGCCAGGACAUGGAGUUCGUCGCUUGGAAGUCACUCUUCCCUGGGUGAGAGUAUAUUCGGGGAACAAGAGGUACUUGCUACACAACUCGGAAGAGUCUGCCCCGACGGUCCUUGCUCAACAAAGCGAAGAAAUGGUAUCUGUGCUCCGGCGGGCAUGUUUCUUUGGCCGCGAGAAAGGAUAUGGCGAGCGCAGAGUUACUCUAUCUCACGCGAAUGAAAGCCCCGAGCAUGAAGCCGCUCAUUGGCUUGGAAAUGUCUUCGAUGGGUCUUUGAAGGACGACUGA